GGGGCUUCUGCGCGCCGCACCCCAGCUUCUCCGCAGCCCCCCGCCCCGCGCGGGACUCGUCCCCCGCUGCCAAGAUGGUCAUCCAGAAGGAGAAGAAGAGCUGCGGGCAGGUGGUUGAGGAGUGGAAGGAGUUCGUGUGGAACCCGAGGACGCACCAGUUCAUGGGCCGCACCGGCACCAGUUGGGCCUUUAUCCUCCUUUUCUACCUCGUGUUCUAUGGCUUCCUCACGGCUUUGUUCACCCUCACCAUGUGGGUCAUGCUGCAGACUGUCUCUGACCAUACCCCCAAGUACCAGGACCGACUGGCCACACCGGGCUUGAUGAUUCGCCCCAAGACGGAGAAUCUUGAUGUCAUUGUCAACGUCAGUGACACUGAGAGCUGGGACCAGCACGUUCAGAAGCUCAACAAGUUCUUGGAGCCUUACAACGAUUCCAUCCAAGCCCAAAAGAAUGACGUGUGCCGCCCUGGGCGCUACUAUGAACAGCCGGAUAAUGGCGUUCUCAACUACCCGAAGCGUGCCUGCCAGUUCAACCGAACCCAGCUGGGCAACUGCUCUGGCAUCGGGGACCCGACCCACUACGGGUACAGCACUGGGCAGCCCUGUGUCUUCAUCAAGAUGAACCGGGUCAUCAACUUCUACGCCGGAGCCAAUCAGAGCAUGAAUGUUACCUGUGUGGGGAAGAGAGAUGAAGAUGCUGAGAAUCUCGGCAGCUUUGUCAUGUUCCCCGCCAACGGCAACAUCGACCUCAUGUACUUCCCCUACUAUGGCAAAAAGUUCCACGUGAACUACACGCAGCCCCUGGUGGCUGUGAAGUUCCUGAACGUGACCCCCAACGUGGAGGUGAACGUGGAAUGCCGGAUCAACGCCGCCAACAUCGCCACGGAUGACGAGCGAGACAAAUUCGCCGGCCGCGUGGCCUUCAAACUCCGCAUCAACAAAACCUGAGGCCCCUUCCUCCUGCCCCCACCUCUUUCCUAUGGAUGCUUCUGGAAUGUCCCUGACCCUGCCUGAUCCCUCCCUCACCCACCCCAAAGUCCCUGUCUUGGUGGCUUUUGACGCAUCCGGCUUCUCCUCCGGCCUGUCGCCACCCCCUCUGCACCCCCCAUUCCCUCCUCUGAAAGACAACUGUUUGUAAUCGAGGACGAGGUGGCUCUGUGGCCUUUUCCCUGUUUUCUGGCACAUUUGUCUUCUCACCCUCUGGUGACGGCGUGCGCUGGGAACCAGGGUCUGGAAGAGGAGUCCCCGUUGGUUCUUGAAAAUUCUCUUCCUGUCAAUAGGCACUCCUCGGAGGGAUGGGGUUGACCUAGGCUGAAUGUCCACUUUGUUUUUGCCGAUGGUUCACUUCUCCCUGUUUGUUUUCCCAGAAUAUCCUUCAAGUUCCACUCUUCCCCAGAGCCCUGGGGGAGGGGCAGCCAUUUUGGCUGGGUCCCCAGUGGCCACCUUGGAAACGUCAGCUGGCUCUGGGACUAUUCACCUCCUUUCCCCCCUGGGCCCAGAGCUACCCCCACUGUCCUCUCUCUGGUUUCUCUUAGCAUGUUAUCAACUAAUCACUAACUCCUUCCCUCUCCGCAUGUCAGCCUGAACGUUGCAAACAGCCCCUCAGUCUAGGCUCUGAAUGUCUCGGCACCCCCCCGUCUCCUUCAGACCCCUUGGCGUUUUUAAACGACCCCAUAGUGUCCAUAGAAUGCUCCGUGAGGGGCCUCUGGUAUUCUUGAGCGAUAGUGCCCUUCAUUUCUGCCCUCUCUAACUGUCCAUCUCUUUUCUGACACUGCAGCCCCCACACCCCACCUUCCGAUGGACCCUUCCCUCCUUCCCUCUCGCUGGUCUGAGGUCUCUUCCCUUCGGGUCCCCAUGUUGUCCUGCAUUGUCCUCGCCCCGGUGGUCUUUCUCUGCAGUUAUUUAAUGCCUGUGUCAGAUCUACUGUAAAAAGAGGAUAAAGUACAAUAAAAUGAGAGCAAUUAU